CUUAUCUGUUCUGCAGUGGUAUUUCUAUACGAUUCAAUGAUCACCACUGGGGAAGAAAUACGGUGUUUCUGGGGACGAAAGAUGACAGGGGCAGCCAUCUUGUUCUGGUUGAAUAAGUACAUGACCGUGCUCUAUCUGGUUUGGGAGCUUGCAACGUGUUUCAACAUAUCAGACAAGGUCUGUACCCUGCCCCGGCCUCGCUAG